AUGGCAGGUGUUAAUAACUUUGGUUUGGGUGGUGUGAACGCACACGUAUUGAUUGAACCCAACUAUAAGUUGGAAACCAAUGAUAGCCUAAGAAUCGCUGAAAUGAUUCCCAGAAUUGUCAACAUUUGCGGCAGAAAUGAGGAAUCAGUGAAACAUAUGAUGCAUUUCAUUGAGAAUAACCCCAAAAGAGUGACGAAAGACUUUUUGGCACUUUUGACACAAACCAUGAAAUACACACCAAAUGUGAAUUCAUCCGGAAUGAUAUACAGGGUUAUGCUCAUAUUCUUUGUCUACCCUCAAUACUUUCUGUUCUUUCACUCUGGGGAAACCGUACUGUUCCCCGGUUUGGGCGGUCAGUGGUCAGCAAUGGCUAAGGCUUUGAUGCCAAUCAAGACAUUUGCCGAUAAAGUGGAGGAAUGCCAUCAAAUACUACAAGAGUUUGGAAUCGAUUUAAAGGAUCUGUUGUUAAGUGAAGACAAGACACUGAUGUCCACAAUGUUAUCGAAAUUCUGUGCGACAACUUCGACAACUGCUCUACAGAUAGCACUCAUUGAAGUGAUUAAAGCCCUCGACAUCACACCCGACGGCAUAAUCGGCCACUCGUUUGGUGAGAUCGCCUGCGCUUACGCUGACGGGUGUCUGUCCACUAGGGAUGCCCUUAUGAUUGCCUUUUCCAGAGGGUUUCACACCGAAAGUGAGCAUGGUGUUGGCAUUCCUAAAGGGUUGAUGGCAGUGGUGGGGCUGUCCAGGGAGGAGGCGCUCAAGUGGUGUCCAAAAGGGAUAGCACUCAUUGAAGUGAUUAAAGCCCUCGACAUCACACCCGACGGCAUAAUCGGCCACUCGUUUGGUGAGAUCGCCUGCGCUUACGCUGACGGGUGUCUGUCAACAAGGGAUGCCCUUAUGAUUACCUUUUCCAGAGGGUUUCACACCGAAAGUGAGCAAGAAAUUGGCAUUCCUAAAGGAUUGAUGGCAGUGGUGGGGCUGUCCAGGGAGGAGACGCUCAAGUGGUGUCCAAAAGGGGUAUUCAUAGCUUGUAAUAACGCUAAGGAUAAUGUAGUUGUUUCCGGUCCAAUGAAUGAAAUGAAAGAAAUGAUUAAAACAUUGGAAGAGAACUCAGUAUUUGUGCGGACACUACAGAGCAGUGAAAUCCCAUUCCAUUCCCAAUAUAUGGCACCGGCAGCCAAGAAAUCAACAGAAGUUCUCAAACAAAAGAUCAUUAAUCCGAAGCUAAGAUCCAAGAAAUGGUUGUCCACUGCUCUACUGUCUGAGCCAACUGAGGAGGCGUUGAAAUAUGCUUCGGUCGAGUAUUUUGUGUAUAACCUAAUGAACCAGGUCUAUUUCUAUGAACGCCUUCAACAACUGCCAUCCAAUGCCAUAGUUCUAGAGCUGAGUCCUCACCCAAUAUUUGUGCGAUCGGUGACCGAAACACUGGAAAACUCGACAUAUAUAUCGCUAUUGAAAAAGGACUCAAACCAUACAAAUCUGGAUCUGUUUUUAUCGGGUUUGGCAAAGCUUUACGAAUUGGGUAUCAAUUUGUCGAUCGAUAAGCUCUACCCACGAGUGGAGUGGCCGGUGGCCAGGAAUACACAGUCUAUCGGAUCACUCAUCAAAUGGGAUCAUAGCUUCAAAUACUCGCAUAAAUUAUAUCCCGAAAACUACAACCGAUUCAAUGCCUCCGAUAUGAAUAUAUACGUCGAUCCCAUCGCCAAAGAGGACGCCUUUUAUUUGGAUCAUUCGCUGAAUGAUAGGGCUAUAUUCCCGGGGGCCGGGUAUCUCAUGUUGGCCUGGCGUAUGUUGGCAACGAGUAGGGGUCAUAUGUGGCAUCAGGUGCCCGUAAUCUUCGAGAACGUCCACUUCAAAUCAUUUAUAGUUUUAUCUCAAACCUCUACCACACAUAUUAAAGUUAAAUAUUAUCCCACGUCAGAUGAGUUUGUAAUCAUCGAUAAUAACGGGUCCAUCUGUGCUACGGGUACUAUACGGGGACCGACCGAUGGGGUGGUUCUCACUGCACAACAUAAGAUAUACGGCAAAAAUGGGCAGCACGUGGAUGACUGCGAGUACAUACUGGACAGGCAUGACAUUUACAAGGAAUUCCAGAUUUUAGGCUUUGAUUAUGGGCCAGAGUUUCAAAGGUUACAAAAAGUAGGGACAAACAGUUUCCGCGAGGCGUAUGGCAUAGUGGAGUGGACAGGCAAUUUUGUCUCAUUUCUGGACAGCCUCUUUCAGUCGAUGGUUGUGGCGAUGCCCACACGUAAGCUAAUGGUGCCGGUGAUGCUGAGACGUCUAAAAGUAGAUCCGCGGGUACUGUUUAAGAAAAUCAAAGAAAACCGCAAUGAUGUAGGUGCUGGUGGUGAUCAAGGUGUUGGUAAUAACGUGGAUACCGGUGCUGGUGGUGAUCAAGGUGUUGGUAAUAACGUGGAUACCGGUGUCGGUGUAUCUGUCGAUACAUUUAUAGGGAUAGCCGACAGAAAUAGGGAGAGAUUUGCUCUCAUGUCGGCUAACAUUCCCUUCUCUUAUGACUAUAAAUGUCGACAAUUAGUGUCAUAUGGCGUGGAAAUGGAGGAGAUGUCCGCAUAUAUUAUACCCCGUAAUACGGAUAAUAAGGAUUUAGUACUCGAUUCCUACGGAUUUCAUGCAAACGAAGAUUUAUCGGCUAUAGAUGAGUGCAAUAAAGUCACUCUCAAUAGAUAUCUUGAGGUUUGCAAAUCAAUGGCAAUGAAGGCAAAUCAAAUUGGUUUCAAACAAAUGAAAUGCGAUUUCAAUUACCAGUCGUUCACUGAGGAUGUGAUACAAGAGUACAGAAACGGAAACAAUGAAAAUCAUGUAUUGUUUCGAGUGUUGGAUAAACUAUUGUCAGAAAUUACUGAUGAAAACAACAAUCUUAAAAACAAACCCGAAAUGAAUAGCAUAUUGAAUAAAAUCCUCGAAAAUCCUGAAUACGAUUGGAGUCGAGAUAUUGUGAAUCAGGUCUCAAGUAAUGAACGUAUGAUACGAACAAUUCUGGACAUUGUCUGCGAAAACUUUGCCUCAAUUUUUGAGCUGAAAAUAUCGGAAAUCAAUUUCAGCAGAGCUCUGAUGGCCACAGAUGUGAAUCAGUUUAUUAAACACUUUCGUAUGGUUCCCAUAGAAAUGGACUAUAAUUUGAUUGUCAAAUCAAAAGAGGAUGUAUUGGAUGAGUAUAAACAUAAUGCCACGGAAUGGGAUCUAAAUCUGGUUAACAUGCCAUUAAAACCUUCACAUUUGGUUAUAGUGAGAGAUACACAAGACUUAUGGGGUUUAGAUUUGGAUCAAUUCAUACAAGACUUGUAUGGCUUAACCAUAUUCAAUGGCUUCCUAUUAACAGUAUUCCGGUAUAAGUUCACUGAACCGGAACUGGCGUUGAAUUCAUUGAAUGGAAAGAAAGUCCUAAAUAAUCGUGAUUUAGAGACUCGGAUCAAAAGUUUCCUAACAAUUGCCAAAAGUGUUGGCUUUCGUGUGAUUUGCAAUAAAUGCGAUACAAUUGGAUCCGUUGUCGUACUGUUGAGAAAAGUGGAUGAAAUCCCUAAAAUUCCGGAUCAAAAUCAUAUCAUUUAUAUUAACAGUGAUUAUAAGCAGUGGUUUCCAGUACUGAAAGAAAAGAUAAACUUGCCAAAAGAUCACUCAAAUAUAUGGCUCAUUGCAAACGAUUCACCCAAUAAUGAUACCGGUCAAAGGGUUAUGGGGUUUGAAUUUAGAUGUUAUGCUACAUCAGUCUAUGCGCCCAUCGAUGUACUAAUGUCUAUACCUGACCACUGGUCUAUGGACGACGCCGUAUCCAUAUUAGGUACAUACGAUACCGCGUAUUAUGGGUUGAUUCAAAUGGCAAGAUUGAGGACAGGCGAAAGUGUUUUGAUUCACUCGGCGGCGGGAGGUGUGGGUCAGGCGGCCCUCAAUAUAUGCAAACACUAUAAGUGCGAUAUCUAUGCGACGGUCGGAACCGAUGAGAAAAAGGAGUUUUUGAUCAAAGAAUACAACAUUCCUUCGAACAGAAUAUUCAACUCAAGGGAUACUCUCUUUAGGAAUCAAAUCAAAGAAUUAACGGAAGGAAAGGGAGUUAAUGUUGUGUUGAAUUCAUUAUCAGGAGAUAAACUGAUAGCCAGUUACGAGUGUGUGGCCAAUCACGGGAGGUUUGUGGAGAUAGGACGGUAUGAUAUGGUUCAGGCGACCAAACUGUCAAUGUAUGAGUUCACCCACUUUCGUUAUAUGACAACCGGUAAACACAUCGGGAAAGUAGUCAUUAAAAUACGAGACGAAGAGUGCGAUAGAAAUGCUAUUAAAACUCCUCUCAAACCGGCGAUGGAUAUGAUAACGACUGUUAAGACUUAUUUCAAUCCAAACAAAGUCUAUAUAAUAACCGGAGGUUUGGGUGGUUUUGGACUGGAAUUGGUUCAAUGGAUGCACUCAUUGGGUGCCCGAAAAUUUGUGGUCACUUCGAGGUCAGGGGUUAAGACUGAUUAUCAGAAAUAUACCAUAAAUCGUAUCCAAAAAUUCUUUGAUAACAACAAAUACUUUUCGUGCGAUUUAUUGGUUUCGACGGCCAAUGGAUUGACACCCGAAGGCUCCCAACAACUGGUAAAUGAGGCGAAAGGGUUGGCACCCAUUGGAGGGGUAUUUCAUUUGGCACUUGAAUUGAAUGAUUGCUUAUUAGAGAACAUGGAGUUUGAAAAGUUCUGUUCAACUGUUGACACAAAACAUAAGAUAUUCUCAAACUUGGAUCAAAUCACACGAAGACUUGACUAUAAAUUGGAUUAUUUCGUAGUCUUUUCAUCGAUAGCUUGUGGUAAAGGAAAUGGAGGUCAGAGUAACUACUCGUUUGGGAACUCUCUGUGCGAACGGAUUUGCGAAGAGAGACGAAGGGAUGGUCUGCACGGACUGGCCGUACAGUACGGACCCAUCGGUGAUGUGGGAGUACUCGAGGGUACGGAUCAAGUCAUGGGAUUGACAGCAAUGAGGAAACAACGGAUCCACUCGUGUUGUGAUGUUUUGGACAAAUUGCUGGCAAUUACAAUGAGGAAACAACGGAUCCACUCGUGUUGUGAUGUUUUGGACAAAUUGCUGGCAAUUAGUGAACCCAUUGUUACCUCUUAUGUCUGCAAUUUGCAAACCACGGAAACCGGGAAACAAGGGAAAGGCUUGCGAGUGAUGUCUGACUUUUGGCGGACUCUCGGCAUAGACGCGAAUACGACUCCCAAUGAGACAACUUUGGGUGAAAUAGGGAUUGAGUCGAUGUUUGCGGCGGAACUGCAACAGGAAUUGCAGAGAGAAUGCAAACGACAGAUAUCUCUGACACAGUUUAGACGCAUUACGAUUGGGAUACUCAAGGAGUAUGAGAAGGGGAACGGUAUCCACAUCGACCACAUCCUCGAUAGCUAG